AAGAUGACAACAUUCCUAAAACAUACAGGAGCACUCUUGUACAACUAGGACUCAACAGUAUGAAAUCUGCCAAUAUAUGCAUAGGUCGACCAGUCUUGCUUACCAGUGAAGAUGGAAAACAAGAGUGCCAGCACUGCCCAAGCUUUGCUCAGAUGCCAUCAUGCUGGCCCUGUACUGCUGAUAUGGGGAUAGACUGGUGUUGUGCCACAGGCUGCAUCAGGGACAGAACCUGCCAGCACCAAAGCAAGGGUCUGUACUGCUUGGCCCAUUGCAGGCUUCUCAGGAGGAAAAAUUGGCUUGAGUGGAAUCACUCAGAAGAAUUUGGUCGUGAAACCUGGUGAUGUAGUCACUGUCCAGCCUGUGGUCGGUGCAGUGGUACAGGCAGAAGAAAUCUACGUUAAGCUGAGUGCUGUUUGUAGAAUGGGCAAGGAUUGUAAAAGAAACUUCUUUCACAGAGACAAAGACACCUGUGUUAAUGCUGAAGAACUGUCUGCCUGUCUUCUGAUAAAUCUAGAUGGGAAGAUAGUAUUGCCAGGCAACCUUUUGCUCCUCACUUUCUAUGGUAGACCUUUCAGCCUCGUGGUGAUGAAGGUGAAAGGAACAGAUGGGGUCCUGUUGGAAAUGCAGGGCAGUAAUGCUUUCAACAAAGCACAAGAGACAACCCUUGAGAAGUCUGACUUGGAAACCAGUGAACUAAAUUUAUCCUUACAGCUCAGCAACUUGGACAUAGAAGACAAGCUAGAAGAUGCACUUACCAGUACGCCAUGCAGAUCAACGGAUCAGUGUUCAUCAGCUGCAUCCAGUGAUACUAUAAUAGGGGCUGAGCAGGUUUGUGCUCAGGUCGAUGAGCUAUAUGAUGAGCAGAAUGUCAGAAGCCUCACUGAUGGUUCUGAAUCAGCUGGAGAAGUCCAUGAGAGAACGCUGCUGCAUGGCAAAAAAGGAGCAAAAUGCAAUUCUGAUACAUUUUACUUCAUUUCUUCAAGAACAAAGGUCAAUUUUAUUGAGACUCGGCCCACUGUGACAGAACAGGAUUGUAAAUCCAGAGUUACCUAUGAUAUGAUAGGUGGUUUAAGCAGCCAGUUAAAAACUAUUCGAGAGACAAUAGAAUUGCCUUUGAAGCAAGCUAAACUGUUCAAGAGUUAUGGAAUUCCUCCUCCUAGAGGAGUACUAUUGUAUGGCCCUCCAGGUACUGGGAAGACCAUGAUUGCCAGAGCCGUUGCAAAUGAAGUUGGAGCUCAUGUUUCCAUUAUUAAUGGUCCUGAAAUAUUAAGCAAGUUUUAUGGUGAGACUGAAGCAAGAUUGCGACAGAUAUUUGCUGAAGCUUCUCAGUGCUGCCCCUCAAUUAUUUUUAUAGAUGAACUGGAUGCACUCUGUCCAAAGAGAGAAGGAGCUCAGAAUGAAGUUGAAAAGAGAGUUGUAGCUUCAUUGCUAACACUGAUGGAUGGCAUUGGCUCAGAGGGUAGUGAAGGUCAGCUCUUGGUGUUAGGUGCCACAAACCGUCCUCAUGCACUGGAUCCCGCAUUACGGAGACCUGGGCGUUUUGAUAAAGAGAUAGAAAUUGGAGUUCCAAAUGCACAGGACCGACUAGACAUACUGAGCAAGCUUCUUCAUCAGGUUCCUCAUCUGCUGACUGGAACAGAGUUGGUGCAGCUGGCUGACAGUGCCCAUGGAUAUGUGGGAGCAGACUUGGCAGCAUUAUGCAAGGAAGCAGGUUUAUAUGCCUUGCGGAGAGCACUGGGAAAACAGACUAACCUAUUAGACAGUGAGGUGGCUGGGUCAGUGAUGAUUACUUUCAAUGACUUCCUGCAGGGGAUGAAUGAUGUUAGGCCCAGCGCCAUGAGAGAGGUAGCUAUCGAUGUACCAAAAGUAUCUUGGUCAGACAUUGGGGGACUAGAUAACGUCAAACUGAAAUUGAAACAGGCAGUAGAGUGGCCAUUUAAGCAUCCUGAGUCCUUCAUCCGGAUGGGAAUUCAGCCACCAAAAGGAGUACUGCUUUAUGGACCUCCUGGAUGCUCAAAGACAAUGAUAGCUAAAGCUUUGGCCAAUGAAAGUGGGCUCAACUUCUUGGCAGUCAAGGGACCUGAACUGAUGAAUAAAUAUGUUGGUGAAUCUGAGCGAGCAGUGAGAGAGAUCUUCAGGAAAGCCAGAGCUGUGGCUCCCUCUAUUCUUUUCUUUGAUGAAAUAGAUGCCUUGGCAGUUGAAAGAGGGAGCUCUUCAGGUGCUGGGAAUGUAGCAGACCGUGUCUUGGCUCAGUUGUUAACGGAAAUAGAUGGGAUAGAACAGCUAAAGGACGUGACAAUUUUGGCAGCUACAAACCGACCGGAUAUGAUAGACAAGGCUUUGAUGAGACCUGGACGACUUGACAGAAUCAUCUACAUCCCCUUGCCAGAUGAAACCACUCGUCAAGAGAUUUUUAAACUUCAGUUUCAAUCGAUGCCCAUCAGUGAUGAAGUCUGCUUGAAGGAGCUCGUUCUGCACACUCACAAGUAUUCAGGAGCAGAGAUAACGGCAGUCUGUAGAGAAGCAGCCCUCCUAGCUCUUCAGGAAGAUAUGCAGGCGAAAUGUAUUAUGAGAAAACAUUUUCAGCAAGCAUUGACUAUUGUGAGGCCUAGAAUUCCUGAUUCACUUAUACAGUUUUAUUCAAACUAUCACCAGGAGAGUGGACUGCAUGCACUCUGAGAAGUGAAUACAUAUAUGCGUGGACCCAUUAUGUACAUCUUUGUAAAGUUCUUGUGUGCCAAAGAAUUUCUUAUUGUGAAUUCAAUGAACUCUAAGGCAAAAGCUUCAUAAUAAUUAUUUGUGGUGACUGGGUAUUGUAUGAGCUAAGUAUAUACUGGUAACUUUACAAUAAAAUAGCAUAAUUGGAAUUGCUGUAAUUCAGACUGCUCUUUGCACUAGCUUUGUCUAAAAAGAAAUGCUGUCAGAAGAAAAAAGAAUGACAACGUUCCUAAUUUUUAGGCUGACCCUUAAUCUUCUGGAUGAGUUUUGCAGUAGUAACAAGUGUCCCUACAUUCUCAAUGUUUGUGUGUCUGGAUGUCAAUUUCAUGCCAAGGAACAUCACAUUGCUGACAAGAAAGGCACAGAGCUUGGGAGUGGCAUGAAUACAUGCUGAAAAUUAUACUGAAAUCUUUUGAUUUAUGACACCUCAAAAAGUUGCCAAACAGGCCUGCCAGACAUCCAAGCGUUCCGAGAAAAAGUUAAGGUGUCUUGAUUGAUUACAGUGCAUGGUUUAACUUCAGUCUCAGGUACCUCCUAUACAAACAUUAUAAGAUCAAAAUAGAAAUUAUAGGGACAGAUUUUAGAAGCACAGCAUUAGGUCUUUAAUGAAGACUGGGGAAAAAGGAUUACUUUUAAUUCUUGGUUACUUUAUAAUCAAUUCUAGGAAUAUGUGAAUUCAUUUGUAGUUGAAGAAUGAAUAUAGUAUCUUGUUGAUUAGGCAAAAGGUACUUUAUGAAUCAAUGCAUUUUCUUAUAUUUGUUGUUUUUUCAUACACAGGAUUAUUUAUCUUACCAAAUACUCUUUUUAUCUAUAGAGGAGAUAUUGUAAAAUAAGAUGUAAAAGAAGCUUUAGAGAGAGAGUCAUUAUUUCUUGAUAUGUAGCAAAAGAUUAAAUCAUCAAAGAAUAUGCAUUUAAACUUUACCACUAAAAAAUAGCUUUGGAAAUUCGUAAGAAAAUGUAAUGAAUAAGGUUAUCUGUUGUAAUUGACCACAAAUAUUGUGGAGACAGAUACAGAUUUAAAAAUUAUUUCGUCUCUAUUUUGAUUAUUGAAACCACUUUGCAUUCCUUCUUAGACAUUAAAACCACUUUGGAUUUCUUCUUAGACAUGUAUUCUCGCAUCGAGUUGCAAAAACUGACCAAGCAGCACUAGUUGAAGAUUUUUUUCCCCUGGCUAUGGAAAGAAAAGAUAUUAUAUACCAGAUAUGAUGCUACAGAGGCAGAAUAAUCAUAAUCAAUGAUAAAUUUAAAAAGUCAUAUGAUUUAGUUUUAGUUAGUAAUUGCACACUUUCCUAAUGUGUUUUUUUCCAGUGAAAUGGAAAGGGUUGAAACAUUAGCUAAAUUGUGCUGUUACCUGUUGAUAUAAUCAGGUAAAAUCAUUUCAGGUGUUAUCAUCUGUUGUUUUAUUUUUUAAUUUUGUUAUUGUUGGCUGUGAAGACAUCAGCUUCCUAUGGUAAUUACAGAUGUGUUUAUGCAAAAGUUUUAUCUCUUUCUAAUCUAGAUUUUACUGUUUUCUCAGUUCCACUCUUACUAAAUACAGCCUUGAAUGGGAGAUCCUCGCUUUAAAUAUCAAACAUUUCUCUGAUUUUUUUUAUAAUUUACUCUUGCUACAAGGAACAUUUCAGAUUGCUAUAACCAAGAGAUUAUUGGGGGCAGAAUUGUUUACUUUGCGUUUCAUAGUACUUAGUGUAUAGGCAGUUUCACUCUUUCUAUGUUGUUUGCAAGGGUCUUUCACAUAGCACCAGGUGAGAGAGAAAAACAUUAAAGAAAUAGUAUAGUGGAAAAUGUGGAAGAGGGACCCUGAGCCAGGUGUAUUACCUGCAGUUAUUUUUACCUUUUUUUUUUUUUUUUAAUAAAAUGGCUGUACUUCUAGUUGACGUUAUUCCUUUAAAGCAGUGGUUUUCAGCCUUUUUGGAUUCAGUGCACCCCUCUGAAAAUGCUAGGUCUUGUUUUGCUCAUAUUUUUUACUUUACAAAAUACUAGAGCAAUUUUUCUGUUGCAUAGAACACAGAUGGACCACAACAGGUCAGCAUGCAUUUAACACUAUGGAUUUCUGUUGGAAAUCUCUGGGUUUAUCUUGUCAAUCAUGUUUGCAAACCUAACAGUACUGACACUGCUGGUACCCCCUGUUGGGGGAGGGGUCCUUAAUCCUUAACAUUGUAAACAAACACUGUUGACAAAUGUGAUUGCCUUUACAGAUACUCUACAUGCUGGUCUCGAGGAGAAAUAAGUAAUUAUUGUUGUUUGGGACAUGCUUUGAUACCAUAGUAAAAGGCAUCAGUAUGGAAACCUAGAGUAGUGCUUCUCAACCUAUUUAGACUCAAAGCACCCCUUGUUAAACUCUAGGAACACCCUGGAAAAUGUCACCUUAGUUUUCGCUCAAUAACAGAGUGACUCUUCUGUUGCAAAGAACUCAGAAAGACCACACAACAGAGCAGAGUAUUUUUUUAACAUGAUGGAUUCCCAUUUGAAAUCUCUGGGUUUAUCUUGUGAAUUACGUUUGCACUCCUAAAAGGGUUAACAUUCUGUGGCACCCCAUGGCAUGCUUGACAAGAUCUCAGGGCACCGCAGAAUGAUGUGGCUUCCUGAUUGAGAAUCACUGACAGAGAAAGGGAGGUGAGACUUGCAGCCAGUUCUGUAAGUGAGAGUCCUGUUGCCAUCAGUGAAACCUCCCUGUAUGAUAGGGAGGCUGCAGAUUUGGGAGUGUUGGACAUUAGAAAUGGAGAGGGAUUCUGGUGCCUGGUUGUCCUUUCUGCUUUGAAAAAUUGUAUUCUAGAUUUCUUUUUUUUAGCUACAGCUUGCUUCCCUUGUUAUGCCAGAUCUCCUGUUUGAUUUAUUGAAUGUUAAAUAUGAAAAGGUUUCCCUUAUUGCUGCAUUUUUGGAAUACACAAAGCAGUUUCAGAUUGAUUUUUAACUUGAUUUUCUUUCAAUUCGUGGCAUAUGUAUAAAAUUAAUAAACAAUACAUUGCUAUCAAAUACAAGUUUUGGGAAAUUCAGAUGAUUCUAUGCCAAUUGGAAGCUUUCUUCAUCCUAAUAGUGGAUAAUCUGAGAUUUAAAUAAUGUAUGAUAGCACAAACUUAGUUUCUUAUGACAGACACAGUCCAGAGUUAUCAUCAAAUAACAAUUCAGAGCCUUCUCAUCAGAAUCAAGAGUUCAUCUGCAACAAAACAAAAUUUCAAACCAUUUUGAAACUGCUUUGGAAAAUACUGUUGCAAAACAGUGCCUGAAAAAGGCUUGAAUUUGCAUGAUGUCCUGAUCCUAUAGAGCAGUGAUUCUCAACCAGGUGCCGGGGCACACUGGUGUGCAGAGAGAUUCUUUGAAGGGUGCCCCAAGAAGUGUGAAGAGAUAAAGUCUGAGGUGAUAAGCAGAUAAAGGCAGGCUCAGGCUUUCCCUCUGUAACUGCUCCCAAACUGCCUGCCCCCCUGCAAGGAGGUAAGCCCUGCAACAUAAUAAAUUCAUUUUUGAAAUGGGGUAUUAUUCAAUUCACAAAGGCUAUGGAGGACUGCCUUGAGUCUGAAAAGGGGGUGCCUUGUGUCUAGAAAGAUUGAGAACCAUUCCUGUAGAGGGUUAAAUGUUGUGGACUCCAACUGAUUAACGAAUGUGGGGAUGGUAGGACAUGGCACUCUGAAUUACAUCAUUAUUUUUAUGUCAUCAUUUUCUUUAAUACAAUUCAGAGCAAAAUUUUCCACAGCCUGCUUUACCAGCACAUGGUUCUUUAGAGUUGCACCAGUCUCUUGCAGGAAAUCAUAUAAACCUCAUGACCUGUACCAUUAAUGCUCAAACCAGGGUGAUGCAGCACCCUGGGGUGCCAUGAGAUUCUCUUAAGGGUACUGCUCAAUAUUAGCACAGUUAGGUAUGCAAACAGCUACACCUGAUUCACAAGCUAAACUCAGAGAUUUCAAAUAAGAAUCCAUAGUGUCAAAAAUAUCCUGAUGUGUUGUGGUCUUUUUGAGUUCUUUGCAACAGAUAAAAUUGCUCUGUUAUUUUUCUGUCAAAAAGCAAGUGAAAAUUAAGUCCUGGCAUUUUCUGAGGGUGCCUUGAGUCUAAAAAGGUUUAGCACCAUUGACCUAGGCAUGGUAGGAUGAAACCUGGAAUGUGAUGCUUAAUUCUAUUGAUUUGGUUCUUGUAGGUUAAUUGCCUAGAAUAUUGUUUGCUUUUAUAUGAUAUAAUUCUUGCAACAAACACGAGUUUCAUGAACAAGGAAAGUCCAUUAUGAAACAGAAUAUAUCCCCCUUUCUCUCAAAGUAAUUCUAAUGCUUAUUUUUUAAUAUUCUGUAGGGAUAAAUAUGGGCUUCUCCUGCCCUUUAUAUCUCAAAGUUUGUCUUUGGCCUAACUACUGUUUGAAUUGUGGCAUUGUUCAUGUUAAAUUGUUUUUUUCUGCAUUUCAGGCACAUUUUGUUUAAAUACAAAGUUUAACCUUUUUCUCCAAUAACAACAUCUUUCAAAAUGGCAAAAGUAUCUUUUGGCAUGUUUGCUAAAAAUGACCAGGAGAAUAUUUAUAAACAAAAUAUUAAAA